GUGGUGCUGUCCCUUGUGCGCAUGCGCAGUCUAUUCGCUGUUGACUGCUGCGUCUCGCGCUGCAGCGGCCUGAGCUUGAUUUCGGUGCUGAUACUUUGGGGACUGCGACACCCGGCUGACUGCAACAAAUAGCGGAACAGACACCCGGCUGACUGCAACAGAGAGCGGGACACCCUGGCCGGGCUGAGGGCCUCAGACACUGGGACAUAACGUAGUAUAAUACUGAUAGUAAUAACGUACACCGGACACGGUGCAGGGAACCUGCUAGAGCGUCACACGAGAGAGACCUCACUGGGGCAGUGAGAGACGUCACUGGGGAAGUAUAGCGAGACCUUAUCAGGAGAGCUGGAGACAUCGCCUGGACCAGAGAACCAAGAGCGACGUCAGGUUUGCCGUGCUGCGCGUUCAUCUGAUCAGUAGAGGCAUCUAUAUGCAGACAGAUCGGGGAUGGCGGUCAAUGUAUAUUCCACAUCUGUGACCAUUGAAAACCUAAGUCGACAUGACAUGCUGGCUUGGGUCAACGAUUCCAUACAACUCAGCUACACGAAGAUAGAACAGCUGUGCUCAGGGGCGGCAUACUGCCAGUUCAUGGAUAUGCUCUUCCCAGGCUGCAUACUGCUAAAGAAAGUCAAAUUCCAGGCCAAGCUGGAGCACGAAUAUAUCCACAACUUCAAAGUGUUGCAAGCGGCUUUCAAAAAAAUGGGUGUUGAUAAAAUAAUCCCAGUAGAGAAACUAGUGAAGGGGAAAUUCCAGGAUAACUUUGAGUUUGUACAGUGGUUCAAGAAAUUAUUUGACGCUAACUAUGAUGGUAAAGAGUAUGACCCCGUCUUAUCAAGACAGGGCCAGGAAAUGGCGCCCGCUCCAAACCCGGGAGACCAAGUAUUUAACAAGCCCAAGAAACCCAUUGGCACAGCAGUACCACAGAGAACAUCGCCCACAUGUCCAAAGCCCACACCCUUGGUACGGUUGCUGAAUACAGCCCCACCAGUGAGGAAAAACCCACCCAUCACAAGGAACGGGGGCAGUGACACAGAUGCACAGAUAGUGGAACUCAACCAGCAGCUGAUGGAGCUGAAGCUAACCGUGGAUGGCUUAGAAAAGGAGCGAGACUUUUACUUCAGCAAACUGCGUGACAUUGAGUUGAUCUGCCAGGAAAACGAAAACGAGAACAACGCGAGCAUAAUGGCCAAGAUCAUAGAUAUCCUCUACGCUACAGAGGAUGGAUUUGCAGCUCCAGAUGAUGAGGAAACUGAUGACCUUCAGCCUGAGGACCAGGAUGAAUACUAAGCACGUUCUUUUUCUGCCCCAGUGCUCCUUCCUACCCGUUACUCAUCAGCCGUUCUGCAAUAUGAACAUUGUAGGUUGGGAUCAGCAUAUACACCUGCACUAUCACCUAUCAUAACUGGUACUGCUGAUGCAAUCUGGGCAUCUCACUGAAUCUGACAUAUCCAACACAACAGAAACUACUGAUGAUGGAGCGGCUCUGGGUGUGGCGACUUUGGGGGAUUAUGCUUGCUAAACAUGACAAUUUAUCAGCAGAUAAGGGUUGUACCCUAGAGGACAUUUUGAGGUUCUAAAAUCAUCAGCCUAUAUUGACCCUUUCAACACUAUCAUUGGUGGGGUUGUCUGCAGAUUAUCCUAUCGCUUCUCCAGCCAGAAAGGAAUUGUUGUUGAUAGCAUUUGUUAUUAUGUAUGCAUCUUGCUGUUUGAUCUUUGCUGAACUUUCCGUUA